CCGUCCCUCACAAUCAUGGCGCUUCCAAGGCUCGGCGGGAAGGCACCUGCCCCUCACAAUCAUGGCACCCCCAGGGCUCAGCUGGGAAAGCGUGUCCUUCACAAUCAUGGCGCCCCUCAGGGCUCAGCGGGAGGGCACCUGCCCCUCACAAUCAUGGCGCCCCCAGGGCUCAGCGGGAGGGGACCUGCCCCUUACAAUCAUGGCGCCGUCAGGGCUCAGCGGGAGGGCACCUGCCCCUCACAAUCAUGGCGCCUCCAGGGCUCAGCGGGGGAAGCAUAUGCACCUUACAAUCAUGGCGCCCUCAGGGCUCAGCGGGAGGGGACCUGCCACUCAUUCAUGGCACCCUCAGGGCUCAGCGGGACGGCACCUGCCCCUCACAAUCAUGGCGCCCUCAGGGCUCAGCGGGAGGGGACCUGCCCCUCACAAUCAUGGCGCCCCCGGCGCUCAGCGGGGGAAAGCAUCUGCCCCUUACAAUCAUGGCGGCCAGAGCGGGGCGGGGCCUGCGAGGUAAAGUGCGGGCUUCCCCAGUACAAGCGCUCACGUGACCGGGAAGAUGGCCGUCUUUCCCUGCUGGCUCGCACUGCAGCGACUUCCUCCCGAGGCCUUGAGGCGCCAAAUCGGGAUUGGACGCCCCUGAGUUUCCUUGGAUCCGGUCGUGCGAAGCACCUUUUAGGGCAUUCCAGAAGCAGGAACUACAAGGCUGAGUUUGCGUCAUGCCGCCUGGAGGCUGUGCCCUUGGAGUUUGGAGACUAUCACCCGCUGAAGCCUAUAACUGUCACAGAGUCAAAGACCAAGAAAGUGAGCCGGAAAGGCAGCACGUCUUCCACGUCCUCCUCGUCCUCCAGCUCCGUGGUGGACCCGCUGAGCAGCGUGCUGGAUGGGACUGACCCCCUCUCCAUGUUCGCAGCCACUGCUGAGCCCGCAGCCACGGACAGCUCUAGAAAGAGACGAGACAGAGAUGAGAACUCCAUCGUAGGAUCAGACUUUGAGCCCUGGGCUAGCAAACGAGGAGAAAUCCUUGCCCGGUACACCACCACGGAAAAGCUCUCCAUCAAUCUGUUUAUGGGAUCUGAAAAAGGCAAAGCCGGGACUGCCACAUCCGCAAUGUCAGAGAAGGUUCGCACCAGGCUGGAGGAGCUGGAUGACUUUGAGGAGGGAUCCCAAAAGGAGCUGUUGAAUUUGACUCAACAGGAUUAUGUGAACCGCAUAGAGGAGCUCAACCAGUCGCUGAAGGAUGCCUGGGCCUCGGACCAGAAAGUGAAAGCUCUAAAAAUAGUCAUCCAGGAUCAGCCUGUCAAUUUCUGUCUACUACCUGCACCCCUCCCCCUGAAGAACUGGGAUUUUGAUAGGGAUUGUGUUGGCUUUACAAAGUUGGUUAGAUUUGCCAUCUUAACAGUGUGUUCAAAGCUUCUUUCGGACACAAGUGUUAUUCAGUUCUACCCAAGCAAAUUUGUCCUUAUCACCGACAUACUCGAUACAUUUGGAAAGCUCGUGUAUGAGCGCAUCUUCUCCAUGUGUGUGGAUAACCGCAGCGUCUUACCAGAUCACUUCUCUCCAGAGAAUGUAAAUGACACGGCCAAAGAAACAUGCUUAAAUUGGUUUUUCAAGAUUGCUUCCAUCAGGGAACUCAUUCCAAGAUUUUACGUGGAAGCAUCUAUCCUGAAGUGUAACAAGUUCCUCUCCAAAAUGGGGAUUUCAGAAUGUCUGCCCCGGUUGACGUGUAUGAUUCGCGGAAUCGGAGACCCACUGGUGUCAGUGUACGCCAGGGCCUAUCUGUGCCGGGUGGGAAUGGAAGUGGCUCCACAUCUCAAAGAAAGCCUGAAUAAGAACUUUUUUGAUUUCCUCCUCACAUUCAAACAGAUUCAUGGGGAUACAGUCCAGAACCAGCUGGUGGUCCAGGGAGUGGAGCUUCCAUCCUACCUGCCCUUGUACUCGCCUGCUAUGGACUGGAUCUUCCAGUGCAUUUCCUACCACGCCCCGGAGGCUCUGCUGACUGAGAUGAUGGAGAGAUGCAAGAAACUAGGAAACAAUGCCUUGCUGUUGAAUUCCGUGAUGUCAGCUUUCCGGGCCGAGUUCAUCGCCACGAGGUCCAUGGAUUUCAUUGGCAUGAUUAAAGAGUGUGAUGAGUCAGGUUUCCCCAAGCAUCUUCUUUUUCGCUCAUUGGGGUUAAACUUAGCCUUGGCUGACCCUCCUGAGGGUGAUCGACUCCAGAUUCUCAAUGAAGCUUGGAAAGUCAUCACUAAAUUGAAGAAUCCACAGGACUACAUUAACUGUGCCGAAGUGUGGGUGGAGUACACCUGCAAGCAUUUCACGAAACGAGAGGUGAAUACCGUUCUGGCUGAUGUCAUCAAGCACAUGACUCCAGAUCGUGCCUUUGAAGACUCCUACCCUCAGCUUCAGUCAAUAAUUAAGAAAGUUAUCGCGCACUUCCAUGAUUUCUCCGUUCUUUUCUCAGUGGAAAAAUUUUUGCCAUUUCUGGACAUGUUCCAAAAAGAGAGUGUGCGGGUGGAGGUUUGCAAAUGCAUCAUGGAAGUUUUUAUCAAGCAUCAGCAAGAGCCUACAAAGGACCCUGUCAUUCUGAAUGCCCUUUUGCACGUCUGCAAGACCAUGCAUGACUCUGUGAAUGCACUCACUCUUGAGGAUGAGAAAAGAAUGCUGGCAUAUUUGAUUAAUGGAUUUAUAAAAAUGGUUUCCUUUGGCCGUGACUUUGAACAACAGCUAAGUUUUUAUGUUGAGGCUAGGUCAAUGUUUUGCAACCUGGAACCUGUUCUUGUGCAAUUGAUUCACAGUGUAAACCGGUUGGCAAUGGAAACAAGAAAAGUAAUGAAAGGAAAUCAUUCCAGAAAGACGGCUGCCUUUGUCCGGGCCUGUGUUGCCUACUGCUUCAUCACCAUCCCCUCCCUGGUGAGCAUUUUCACACGACUCAACCUCUACCUGCAUUCUGGUCAGGUUGCCUUGGCCAACCAGUGCCUCUCCCAAGCUGAUGCCUUUUUCAAAGCCGCUAUUAGCCUCAUUCCAGAAGUUCCAAAGAUGAUUAAUAUUGAUGGAAAGAUGCGACCGUCGGAAUCAUUCCUUCUGGAAUUCCUCUGCAAUUUCUUUUCUACUUUAUUAAUAGUUCCGGAUCAUCCUGAGCAUGGAGUCUUGUUUCUUGUUCGUGAGCUUCUCAACGUGAUCCAGGACUACACCUGGGAGGACAAUGGUGAUGAUAAAAUCCGCAUCUACACCUGUGUCCUGCACCUCCUAUCUGCCAUGAGCCAGGAGACCUAUCUCUACCACAUAGACAAAGUUGACUCCAAUGACAGCCUCUACGGGGGAGACUCCAAGUUCCUGGCUGAAAACAACAAGCUGUGUGAGACAGUGAUGGCUCAGAUCCUGGAGCAUCUGAAAACCUUGGCCAAGGAUGAGGCUCUCAAGCGCCAGAGCUCACUGGGCCUUUCCUUCUUUAAUAGCAUCUUGGCCCACGGGGACCUGCGCAACAACAGACUCAACCAGCUCUCUGUCAACCUGUGGCACCUGGCACAGAGGCAUGGCUGUGCAGAUACCAGGACCAUGGUGAAAACUCUGGAAUACAUCAAGAGGCGAAGCAAACAACCAGAUAUGGGUCAUCUGACUGAGCUGGCCCUCAGGCUUCCUCUGCAAACAAGGACAUGAUUGGUGCUUUGAAGCCAAGUCCAGAAAGACCUGCCUUGCUUUUUUUGUUUUAUUUUUACAUAUACAAGUUGGUUUAAGCUUUGGCCUCUACCCAAAUUUUUGCGACAGUGGAGGAGGAAUUGUCAGAGCGUUAAAAUCCAAUCUUGUUCCUAAGAGUAGCAGUGUCUGUGCACAAGUGGCCUUCAGACUGGCCUUUAUUGAGAAACAAAAAUCCAAGUAACAUCUGUCA